CCCAGCGCGGCUGGCCUGCUUCAAGGGCGAUGCGAGAACUGGCCCGGGCCCGUUGCCAUGGAGACCGGGACUAGGCCGCAAGCCUGGCGCCGGGAAGGGGAGGGACGGGAAAGGGCUUCUGCUUCCGGGGCUGUCACGGCGGCGGCGGCGUCACCUGCUCAGGAGAAGGGGGUCUCCAGCUGCCGGGCUCUCCGCGGGCCGGACACCGACGACCUCAGCUCCGUGGCGUACGAACCAGCGCAGCCAACAUGGCGAACCACAUCAAAUUUAUCGCUCGGACAGUGAUGGUUCCUGAGGGGAACGUGGAUGCCGCUUACCGGGUGCUCAACAGAAUCUUGACUAUGGAUGGGGUCAUCGCCGAAGCCCAGCGACGCCGGUUUUACGAGAAGCCGUGCCGUAGGAGGCAGCGGAUAGCCUACGAAACGUGCAAGAGGAUUUAUAACACCGAAAUGGCCCGGAAGAUCAACUUCCUCAUGCGGAAGAAUCGCCCAGACCCUUGGCUUGGUUGCUAGGCUGGAAGAGGAUCCUGCGUGGAACGAAGUGAGAGUUUUGUGAACAGAACUGACUGAGGGGAAUUGGGCCCUGCCUGGUUCUGGAUGUUCUUGUUUGGAUCAGGACAGUUGCAGGCACAAAUAAAACACAAAUAAAACGUAAAGCUUCUUUAAUCAAAAA